AUGGCCAUGGAUCUCGAUGCCGCCGAGCAGGCGCCGCAGCAGCUCGUGGAGAAUGCUCUGCAAAAAUCCGUCGUUCCCGCCGAACGUCCGUUAUCCCUCUUCGAGCGCGUAAUCACCACCAAUGCGCCCAUCUUGGAGUCACUACUUCUCCAAAUCCCGACCGACACCAUUAUCAAGCUAUACCAUACCUCCCAUUACCUUCGCACGUUCCUUCGCUCGUAUCCGACCGCAUGGAAGACCCUUUCCUUCCGUCUGCUAUUCCCGUCAGGCACGCUACCAACAACCCGGAUCAUCAUUCCGGGCACGUCCGAACUAGAGACACAUCGCCAGUCAAGACCGUAUGCCUUGGAUCAACUGCUUAUGAACGUGGUGAUCCCAUUCAGCGGAUGCCUCAAGAGCCUGGAGCUCGAUAACACCGCUGUUUCGGGUCAGAUUCUCAUCUCAACCGUGUUGCAUGCGCGGCGGGAGACGUUGGAGCAUCUAUCUGUCCGUGGUUGCAAGAAUGUGUCUCUCAAAUACCACAUCAUCCCGUAUCUGACCAUGUUCGGGCUGCAAUAUGAUGUGGAUAUGGAGAGGAAUAUAGGAAGCUCCCCUGCAACAAAACGACUUGCGCUGAAGAGUCUUUAUGCCUACCGGUGCCGCCAUCAUCGUCGACGGCCGUAUCUUUCCGCUUCGCUCUUGCGCAAGGAUUCUGACUCUGAACCAACGCAUGAGCUAGUUAGUCUUUGCCAUAAGCUAGGGAUCUGGACCGACACUGCUUGGUGUACUACGCCCGCCGGUAGAUGCUAUCGAAGACGCGGGUAUGUCUCUAUGAGGGUUCCCCAAGGCUCACCCGAGGUCUGGGUUGUGUUCGACCGACUCUGGAGAUGCAAGAACUGGAUUGGAUCGGUCGAUGAAAAUGCAGCGCGGCCAAUCGUGCGUGAUGGGAAGCUCUGGGAGAACUGCGACACCGGAUGCUAUGGAGAGGCCAUAGGCACUGGGGACGGUCCUGACAUGGGCGAAGGCAAGAUGACCCCUGCGCAUCUCCGCCGGAGUCACACCCAGUUUAUUCAGAAUGUUAAAUGUGACAACUGCUUCGAUGAAAUCUCAGAACGGUGCGAGCAGUGCAGCAUCCUAAUGCACUGUGUGGGAUGUCGACGAACCCUCUGUGCCAGCUGUGCCUAUGAGCGUCCAUACCUUCAUCGUGGAAAUUCUGCUGCAUCAACCACCGACAGCACACCAAUCUCGCAGGACUCUUUGUGGUGGGCACCCGGGGCAACCUUUUCACCCAGUUCUAUGCAGGACCCAAUCUCAAAUCCUCUUGACAACGGCCCCUUCCAUGCAGCAGCAUCCACAUCACACCCAGCCCUUAAUUUCCACUGGUGCUGCACAGAGCCGAUUUUCUCCGGUGGAGGUGGUAUCAGCAUCGGCACCCCCAGUCGUGAUGUUGAUCAAGUACGCGCCGUACCUUUGCCCCGCGGCCAAGGAUGGGAGGACCUUGAAUACACCGUCAGCGAGUGGAGCAAAACUUUCCCAAAGUAUGCCUACGGUGAUCCCGGCCAGCCGGACUACUCCCUGGAGACCGGGCAUCUCGCGAUGAUGAAGUGGUUACUAGGACCGCCCAAUCGACAGGUUUCACCCUGCCCACGCAACCUCUGCCAAGAGUGCUACGACUCGCCACAGUGGAAGGUUCACUGCAAGAGUUGCUCGAAGCCUCUCUGCAUCGAACAUGACCUCCGUGGACUCCGCCUGCGCAUUUGCGGCUAUCGUGACCUUGCAUUCGAGAAGAUGACUAUCCAAACCCAAGCGGUCAACGCGUCAUCAUCAUCUGAUGCCACCCUGAGCCAACUCCCCGGCUAUGACCUCCCAUUCCGCACUCAGCGUCAGGAUUCAGCCAACAGCAGUUUCAUCGACGACCCACCAGGUGAUACCUUCGCAGACGACAAUGUCUCCGAGCCACCCAACGGUGACCAGUCAACCCAGUCGCUUUUCCCUCGUCACUCCGCCCGGUCCUUCUCCGCCCCACCGUCCAACCACUCGGGAUCCUCGUCGCCAUCGUCUGCAUCUUUUGAGUCGACCUUUGAAGUGCCACGUUGGCAGGGAUGCCAAUCCUUCUAUUGCCCUCAGUACCGUGCCGUCGGUGAUCAGCGCCAACGGUGCCCGAGUCACCUCCGGGAAUGUAAGGCCUGUGCCGUCUAUGUCUGCUCCGAAUGCGUGGCGGCCAAUCCGCCUUGCAAGUGCUCCUACUGCGAGGAGAACUAUCUGUGCCCCAACUGCAUGAAAGCACGUGCCCGUGACGGAACUUGCCGCCGCCGCGAAGAAGAAAAGGCACGGAGGGAGCGGAAGUGGAAGAAGGACAUGCAGGUGCUGGAAGGCAUCCUCGAGCUCAAGGUGGCCAAUGAGAUGGCCGAGUUUGCCGGUCAGUUCUUUGAGUUUGUGGAGCACGGCUCCUCCCAAACUUCCGUUAUCAGCACCAGCGCUUUAAUCGACCUCAUCAAUAUUCACGAGGACAACGAGGCGGGCGCACAUGACGGUUCACAGAACAACCUGACGAACUUCCAGUCUCCGUUGUUCCUCGGAGCUAACCACGUCGGUCCCCUCUACGAGUCGGAGUAG